AUGCUAUAUGAAUCGAAUCCAUGGCAUGUGCUUAUUAACGUUUAUUUAUCUUCUUGUCAUUUACCUAAAUCAAGCCAAGGUCUGAAACACCAAAGGAAAAAAAAACUAUUGAAGAACUUCAAAAAUGUCGCAAAUAAUUGUCAAAUUGAAUAUUUUGUUCCAUUUGUUGAAAUUUCAAAGCUUUUGAUCUUCGACACUCUCAUCAUUCGAAUGUACAGAAAAUGUAAGGUGCGAUCUUUGCUUUAUGAUCUUAUUCUUGGUUUGACUUAA